CGAAACGCGCUCUCUGUGCUAGAAAGUUGCGGCCCCACCAACAAGUCGCACUUUCCAAGCUUCCUCCCACUCAGGCAGUCUUCCGGAAGGCCCCGAUUGACUGAUCCCCUCGUCGCCGGCCGCCGCCCCCAGCGUUUCUCGCCGGCGGGCAUGGCGAUGGAGCUGAGCAUGGCCCUGGCGGCGCCGCCGGGGGGCGGGCUGCUGGCCCCGCCCCCUCCCGCCCCGCCCGGCAAGGAGCAGCAGGUGGCGGGGGUGGGGAUCCUGCUGCAGAUCUCCAUGCUCGUGCUCUCCUUUGUGCUCGGCCACGUCCUCCGCCGCCACCGCUUCUACUACCUCCCCGAGGCCAGCGCUUCGCUCCUCAUCGGACUAGUUGUUGGUGGGCUUGCUAAUAUUUCGAACACAGAGACCAACACUAGGACAUGGUUCAACUUCCAUGAAGAAUUCUUCUUCUUGUUCUUAUUACCUCCUAUAAUAUUCCAAUCAGGAUUCAGCUUAUCCCCAAAACCAUUCUUUGCCAACUUUGGGGCUAUUGUUACUUUUGCCAUUCUUGGGACAUUCAUCGCUUCCAUCGUAACUGGGAUGCUUGUCUAUCUUGGUGGACUCACAUUUCUAAUGUAUAAACUUCCACUGGUUGAAUGUCUUAUGUUUGGUGCUCUUAUAUCCGCGACUGAUCCUGUCACAGUAUUAUCAAUAUUCCAGGAACUGGGAAGUGAUGUUAACUUGUAUGCUCUGGUGUUCGGCGAAUCUGUUUUAAACGAUGCGAUGGCAAUUUCUCUUUACAGGACAAUGUCAUCAGUCAGGAGUAAUGCAGCAGGAGGCGAGAACAUUUUUAUGAUGAUUCUACAGUUCCUUGAGAUCUUUGUUGGUUCAAUGUCAUCAGGUGUCGGAGUUGGAUUUAUCUCUUCUCUUCUAUUCAAAUACGCGGGAUUGGAUAUUGACAAUCUUCAGAACUUGGAGUGCUGCCUUUUUGUUCUCUUCCCAUACUUCUCGUAUAUGUUAGCGGAAGGACUUGGCUUGUCAGGAAUUGUUUCUAUACUAUUCACAGGGAUGGUUAUGAAGCACUAUACGUACUCUAACCUGUCAGAUAACUCGCAGCGCUUUGUUUCCGCCUUUUUUCACUUGCUAUCAUCUUUGGCUGAAACAUUUGUCUUCAUUUAUAUGGGCUUUGAUAUCGCCAUGGAAGAACAUAGCUGGUCACACGUUGGGUUCAUCAUCUUCUCGAUUAUAUUUAUAAUUGUUGCAAGGGCAGCAAAUGUCUUUUCUUGUGCCUACUUGGUUAAUAUAUCACGGCCAGAACAUCGGCGUAUACCUCUAAAUCACCAGAAGGCUCUUUGUUUCAGUGGGCUUAGAGGAGCCAUGGCUUUUGCGCUUGCUCUCCAAUCUGUGCAUGAACUUCCUGAAGGACAUGGAAAGACGAUAUUAACAGCUACCACAGCCAUUGUCGUUUUAACGGUUCUUCUUAUUGGAGGGUCGACAGGCACCAUGUUAGAAGCUUUGGAUGUAAUUGGUGAUGAAAAUACAUCAAUAGAAACUUACGAGGAUAACAAUGGUUACAUUCCCCCAACUUAUGAGGAAGGCACAUCGUCUGGAGGAGGAUUGAGAAUGAAACUCAAGGAGUUCCACAAAAGCACAACAUCGUUCACCGCCCUUGACAAGAACUAUCUAACUCCAUUUUUCACCAGUCAGACUGAUGAUGAUGCUGAUGAUUUCGGUGAUCAGCCCCAAAACCAGAGACAAGGGUUCUAUGACCAAUAGCAGAGUAUGAGCACGACUAGCUAUACACGGUGCCAAGUGCCAAUGGACCUAACGAUAUCGUAGAACGUGGGAUCCAGAUUGGAGCCAUUAAACGAUAUAAACACACACCUUUGCCCUAGUUGAGUAGCAUAUGGCAGAGCAUACUGUAGGAUAGAUUCAUAAGCCUGAUCAGGACAGCAUGCCUCCUGUAUAUAUUUACAAGGCUCAGAUGGUGCAUGGUGGGGCUCCAGCUGAAACGGCAAAGCUCUGCGGCGGACUUUGUUGACCCAAAGCCGCUGCCUUACACCAGAUCAUUUGUUUCCAACAGCUCAGCGCUGAUCAUUGCCAACUGCGUUGGCUCGGAAAACCCUUGUUGUGAAGUGAACGUACCGCGUGAGCCGAACAUUACUGUGAUGUAUGUACUCCAGAUUUCCAGUGAAAUCUGAAAUCAUUAGGGCCAUAAUUACGCUGUCACGGAAAUGCCUGUCGUGAAGUGACAGUGUAUUGAAAGGUAAGCUCGUCUUGCCUCUGUGGUUCCUGAUGUAUGUUUGCCGUUGUCUUUUGUUGUGCGAACUGA